GUCACUGGUUGUCUGACUCAGCCCCGGUUCACAGCCCCUCUGUCUCUGACACAGUUACGGGGCCUUUGUGGGAGCUUGUAUCACUUUCUUCAGUCUGGUGGGAGAUGGUGGUGGGACCGAUUGCCUCUUCUGCAGCUGUUGCUGCGAUGGAGCUCUUGGUGACUGAGCUGACCGUUCUGCUCAAGCUGCUGGAUCACGAGACCUUGAGCUCUGCCACCGAAGAGAAGAAGAGUGCCGUGAAGAACCUGCUUGCACAGUUCCAGCCCACAGUUCCUGGAACCGACUACAUGUACAUGAACACCUCUGUCUACAGAAACGGCACCAGCUUUGUGGAGUCCCUCUUUGAGAAGUUUGACUGCGACCUUGGUGACUUGAAAGUGGAAGCAGAGGAGCAGAAUAAAGAGCUGAACCAAACGGACCGAGCAACUCCCUCCAAACCCAGACGAGCGCACACGCCUCCCCCUCUGCCCAACACGCCUCCGCCGGAGGACUACUACGAAGAGGCUUUACCCCUCAGCCCUGGCACUCUGCCAGAGUACAUCACCAGUCGAGGUAGCUCCAGCCCCCCUAACUCCAUUGAGGAUGGAUACUAUGAAGACACAGAGCAGAACUACCCCACUACCUGCACGAACAGUCACCGCAAAAACUCCUAUAACGAUUCGGACGCUCUGAGCAGCUCCUACGAGUCUUACGACGAGGAAGAGGAGGAGAAGAGGCAGCGUCUAACCCACCAGUGGCCAUCGGAGGAGAACUCCAUGGCCCCAGUGAGGGACUGCCGCAUCUGCGCCUUCCUGCUGAGGAAGAAGCGUUUUGGCCAGUGGGCCAAACAGCUCACUGUGAUCCGGGAGAACCGGCUGCAGUGCUACAAAAGCUCCAAGGACCAGUCCCCCUACAUGGAUCUGCCACUCAGCCUGUGCAACGUCAUCUACGUUCCCAAGGACGGGCGUAAGAAGAAGCACGAGCUUCGCUUCUCCCUGCCAGGCGGGGAGGCCCUCGUGCUGGCUGUACAGAGCAAGGAGCAGGCGGAGAAAUGGCUGCGGGUGGUGCGUGAAAUCAGCAGUCUGGGGAAUGGCCUGAACAGUUCAACAUCUCCCAUGACGCCCAGAAGGACCGAGUUGGACAAGAGACUGUCUGCUGAGAAACCCGCGUCAGACUCGGACACCGUGCCCAGCGGCGAGUGUUGCCGAGACGUGGGUAAAGUUAAGCGCGGUGCUCUGUCAGAGCUGACUGGCACCAUGAGCAGAGCAGCAGGGCGUAAGAUUACCCGAAUAAUCAGUUUCUCCAGAAGAAAGCCCCCUCUCCCAGGAGACCCCCGAUGGACAUCACCUGAGGAGAACCCUGGCUGUGGUUAUCUGAGCAUUCUGGUGAACCAGUGCUGGAAGGAGCGCUGGUGUCGAGUGAGCUGUGGCUCCCUCCACCUGCACCAGGAGCAGGGUGAUCCGCGGAGGUGCCACGCCCCCAUAGCCCUGCAGGGCUGCGAUGUCCUGCCAGGCUUCGGCUCCAAGCACCCCUUUGCUCUAAGGAUACUGCGAGGGAGCAGCGAGGUUGCCGUCUUGGAGGCCCGCGGUUCUGAGGAGAUGGGCCGGUGGCUGGGGGUUCUGUUGGCAGAGACCGGGUGUUCUGCUGACCCAGAGUCCCUGCACUACGACUACGUGGACGUAGAGACCAUCGCCAACAUCCGUACGGCUGCCCGACACUCUUUCCUAUGGGCGACCUCCACAGAGUCCAGGACAUACGACGAGGUCCCUUGUGAGGAAACACGGCAGGAAGGUGAGAAGCUAGGGGAACAGCAGGAUAAGAGCAGGAACAAGCCCCCGAUCACCCUCAAACGCCACGGCCCAAGCGCGAACCAGUAUGGGAGGUACGGGAAGACGCGAGCCGAGGAGGAUGCCAGGCGGUACCUGAGGGAGAAGGAGGAGCUGGAACAGGAGCGGGACAGCAUCAGGAACGCCCUGGUCUCGCUGCGCAAGGACAAACGAGAGGCAAAGGCCAAGCUGAAGGGGGCAACAGACAAACAGCAGCGGGCUCUGGAGGAGCACGUGGCCCAUCUGGAGGAGAGUUGCCAUCUGAAGGAGGGCCAGCGCGUCGACCUGGAGCUGAGGCUCACACAGGUUAAGGAGAACCUGAAGAAGUCCCUGGCUGGGGGGGUCCUGGGAGCACCUGCACAGACCACGCCCUUGAGCAAGAAGACUCGGCAGCCUGAGGCACAGUACAUUGAAUCCUUCCUGCCUGUAAACUGUGCUUCCGAAAUGCGCAAGCGACCCUCCUCUAUCUACACAUCCGCAAAGGGAAACGUCAUGCAGAAAGCCAAGGAAUGGGAGUCUAAGAGGGGAACCUAAGAGCAAGUGGUGGUUGGCAAGACAUCUUGGACCGUGUCCCUGUGUUAAAGUGAACAAGAGGACAUCCCUAAGGAGGAAAAUGCGGCUUCGUUAUAGUGUGUGUCGUACUGCUCAUCUUGGUCUGCAUUAUAGCAGAGAAAUCAGCUAUACAUGUGAGGAGAUAGAGAGUCUCUGAAAUAAAACAAAGUCCUUUUCUUCUAGCCAAUCAAACCAAAUAGACUAGAUGACAACAGAACUUUCCCGUCAUGUCAUCUUGUUAGGAAAUGUGUGGUACAUGCACCUAACCAAACUUGCUUCGCCUAAUAUCGGAGUCAAAUCCAUUUGUGCUUUAGGGUGGAAUUUCCUCUAACGCACAGUGACGUUGUGCCCUCUGCUGUGGGUCCUAUAAGACCAGUUCAGAAGAAAAAAAGUGCAGCAGGAGUUAGUGAGCGCCUUGUGCAAGUGUAGUGUGAUUCCUGGAUUAGCAGGACAAGGGAGGUUUUCAGAAAGCAGGGAGAAGAAAGUUGUGUAUGCAGAGGUAAGCAGGAACAUGAGCCAGUUGGUUUUGUACUCAACCACUUUGAAAUGGUGACCCUCUGCAGGGAUUGUUACUGCUGUUUUGUAAAUGUUCUAAUACCUGACACCUUUUACUACCUUAAAACACUGUCCACCAAUCUAACCUUUAACAAAAGUGGUGCUAUUAAUAUUUGUACCUUCUGACAAUUUCAUGCUCUCCUCCUGAGCUGUAACAGUAUUCCUUUAAAUUAUCCCAUGAUGAGUCCUUAUUGUUUUGCACCUAUUCACCCCCUGCCCCAUCUGUAUCACAAAGACUGGCAUUUUAAUGUGAGCAACACUUGCACUUUAUUGUCUUUUGACAAAGAUGAAUUAAACAUUUGUAAUAAAUGUA